CACCUUUUUCAACGCAUGGAAAUUGUGCCCUUCCUAUAAUAAAUUGGAGAAUCAAGCUGUCUCCAUAGCUUCUCUUUCUCUCUCGGUAACCAUGCAAACCCAGUCUUGGAUGAUGAUCCUGGCUGCAGUAUGCGCAGCUCUGGUUCACUUCUGUUCAUCAGCAGUGGAGUCCCACUCUGCCCAGGCUGAUCAAAUCAGUAGUUUGCCGGGACAACCCCGAGUCAGCUUUCAACAAUUUUCGGGAUACAUAACCAUAGAUGAAAAGCAGGACAGAUCUUUCUUUUACUACUUUGUUGAAGCGGAAAAUGACACAACUGCUUUGAAGCCUCUGGUUGUCUGGUUCAGUGGAGGACCUGGUUGCUCCUCCGUGGGAGCCCAACAUGGCCCUUUUAGACCCAGUGGAGAUAUCCUACUCACCAAUAAAUACAGUUGGAACAGAGAAGCAAACAUGUUAUAUCCGGAGUCACCUGCUGGAACUGGAUUCUCUUAUUCUGCUAAUACGUCCUUCUACACCAACCUAAAUGAUGAGAUUACAGCACGAGACAAUCUCGUCUUCUUGAAGAAUUGGUUCAUCAAAUUCCCACAAUACAAGAACAGCGAAUUGUUCAUAGCUGGAGAGAGUUAUGCUGGUCACUUUGUUCCACAACUUGCCCAACUCAUUCUUGAGUCCCGCGUGAAGUUCAAUUUGAAAGGAAUCCUUAUGGGAAAUCCUCUUAUGGAUUUCGAUACUAAUUACAACUCAGUCCCACAUUUCUACUGGUCCCAUGGCUUGAUAUCAGAUUCUACUUACAAUCUUUUCUCUUCCAAGUGCAAUUAUUCUCGAAUGAACAGAGAGCAGACAUCUGGUUCUUUAUCACCUGCUUGUUUAGCUGUACGAAGCCAAUAUUCACAAGAAGUUGGUGACUCUGUUGACCGGUUUGAUGUCACUCUUAACUCCUGCUUACCAUCUGUUGAUCCACAACCGCAAGUCACAGAGAAUGUGGAUGUUUGUAUAGGAGACGAAGUAAACAAGUAUUUCAAUAGGGAAGAUGUGCAGAAGUCUCUCCAUGCUAGACUAGUUGGAGUCGCCAACUGGAGUAUGUGCAGCGGUGCUCUUAGAUACAAUAUAAAAGACAAAGAGAUAACCAUGAUUCCUGUCAUGGGCUCCCUUGUCAAGUCUGGUAUCCGGACCUUUGUUUACAGUGGAGAUCAAGAUUCAGUAAUCCCACUAUUUGGAACUCGGACUCUGGUGGAUGGAUUGGCGAAGGAGUUGAGACUGAAUACCACUGUGCCUUACAGAAAUUGGUUUGAGGGAGAACAGGUUGGUGGAUGGACGCAAGUUUAUGGUGACAUCCUAUCCUUUGCCACCGUGAGAGGAGGGUCACAUACAGUGCCGGGUACACAACCAGCCAGAGCACUAGUUCUGUUCACUGCAUUUCUAAAAGGACAACCCCCACCAGCUGAAUGAACGGAUCAAAUUCACGGAUAAGAACUAUAGGUCAUUAUGUAUUACUAGAUAACAGAGGAUGUCUCUUCAUAUUGUGUUCAGAUAUUAAUGCAUUUCCUUUUAGAUUA